GCCAGCAGCGCCCGCGUGCCGCCCGCCCGGCCCCGGGGGAGCCCGAGCAAGUUUCCGGGCCGCGCGCCCCUCGCCCGCCUCGCCUCCCGCGGCCCCCGCCGCCGCCGCGCCGCCAUGCCCUCGGCCAAACAAAGGGGCUCCAAGGGCGGCCACGGCGCCGCGAGCCCCUCGGAGAAGGGCGCCCACCCGUCGGGCGGCGCGGAUGACGUGGCGAAGAAGCCGCCGCCGGCGCCGCAGCAGCAGCCGCCGCCGCCCGCGCCGCACCCGCAGCAGCACCCGCCGCAGCACCCGCCGCAGCACCCGCAGAACCAGGCGCACGGCAAGGGCGGCCACCGCGGCGGCGGCAAGUCCUCGGCCGCCGCUGCCGCCGCUGCCUCGUCCUCGGCGACCUGCUCGCGCAGGCUCGGCCGGGCGCUCAACUUUCUCUUCUACCUCGCCCUGGUGGCGGCGGCCGCCUUCUCGGGCUGGUGUGUCCACCACGUCCUGGAGGAGGUCCAGCAGGUCCGGCGCAGCCACCAGGACUUCUCCCAGCAGCGGGAGGAGCUGGGCCAGGGCUUGCAGAACGUCGAGCAGAAGGUACAGUCUCUGCAAACCACAUUUGGGGCUUUCGAGUCUAUCCUGAGAAGCUCCCAACAUAAGCAAGACCUCACAGAGAAAGCAGUGAAACAGGGGGAGAGUGAGAUCAGCAGGAUCGGUGAAGUUCUGCAAAAACUCCAGAACGAGAUCCUCAAAGACCUCUCUGACGGCAUUCACGUGGUGAAGGAUGCGCGCGAGCGGGACUUCACGUCCCUGGAGAACACAGUGGAGGAAAGGCUGACGGAGCUCACCAAGUCCAUCAAUGACAACAUCGCCAUCUUCACUGAGGUCCAGAAGAGGAGCCAGAAGGAUAAUGACGUGAAGGCGAAGGUCGCCUCUCUGGAAGAAUCCGAGGGGUACAAGCAGGACCUGGGAGCCCUGAAGGAUGCGGUGAAAGAGAUACAGACCUCUGCGGAGUCCAGGGAGAGGGACAUAGAGGCCCUGAGAAGCUCCCUGCAGACCAUGGAGUCUGAUGUCUACACCGAGGUCCGGGAGCUGGUGAGCCUCAAGCAGGAGCAGCAGGCGUUCAAGGAGGCCGCGGACUCGGAGCGCCUGGCCCUGCAGGCCCUCACCAAGAAGCUCCUGCAGUCCGAGGAGUCGACCUCCCGCCUCCCGGAGGAGAUCCGGAGGCUGGAGGAGGAGCUCCGCCAGCUGAAGGCCGAGUCCCACAGGCCGGAGGCAGACGGGUCCUCCAGAACCCCCGACGCCUUAGAUGCACUCCAGAAAGAGAGUCGGGGUCUGGACUCCAGGCUCCAGAACUUAGAGGAUGAAGUCCAAUCCGUGCAAGUGGCUUCUGCACGCCAGACCGAUAGCCUGGAGUCGCUCCUGACCAAGAGCCAGGAGUACGAGCAGCGCCUGGCUGCGCUGCAGGAGCACCUGAAAGACCUGGGGUCCUCGUCCGAGGCAGACAAGGACAGCCUGGCUGGCACCGUGAGGAGCCUGGGGGAGGCCCAGCUGGCGCUCUACGGCGACGUGGAGGAGCUGAAGAGAAGCGUGGGCGAGCUCCCCAGCACCGUGGAAUCGCUGCAGAAGGUGCAAGAGCAGGUGCACGCGCUGCUCAGUCAGGACCGAGCCCAGGCCGCGCGUCUGCCCCCUCAGGACUUCCUGGACAGACUCUCUUCUCUAGACAACCUGAAAUCCUCAGUGAGCCAGGUGGAGUCGGACUUGAAAAUGCUCAGGACUGCUGUGGACAGUUUGGUAGCCUACUCGGUCAAAAUCGAAACCAACGAGAACAACUUGGAAUCAGCCAAGGGUCUACUAGAUGACCUGAGAAAUGAUCUGGAUAGGUUGUUUGUGAAAGUUGAAAAGAUUCACGAAAAAAUCUAAGUGAAUUGUGUGUCCAGGGCGCGGAUUUAUAGUCCAUUUUCUCAUGACCAAAAAAAUGUGUUGUUUCCUCCCAUGUGCCCUCCCCGCAAGUUUUGCCCCCCCCCCCCCCCCCCCCCCCCC